AUGUUACAACGGAGACUCUUAUCUUCCAGUGGUAUAAAGAAAUUACUUUAUAGAGAAUCGGACAUGGUAAUUCACACCGUUUACAUUAAAGUACGAUAUUACUCAACUGAUUUGAUCAAAAAAAAGCAUAAGAAAGAUAUUGAGGAUUGGGUUAAAACACAAUUAAAAGAUUCUUUGAUGACAAACCGUGUAUUCGAACCCCCAAGAAAACUCGAUUGGAUAGAUUCCAUUGCCAAAAGUCCAAGUAGCUUAGAUAUUCUAAAAAAUCAAUAUAAUAUAGUGAAAAACAAGGAUUUCGAGAUACUAUGGGAAAAAAAAUUCAAAACGGUGGAUCCAAAUAUUUUGGAGACGAUUAUUGGCCUAUCCACUAACCAAAAGGUCUUAUUUUCUAUAGAACAAUUACUGGUUUUAAUACAUCCUCUUCAUUAUUUGAAAAAAUACUACGAUAUUGGACGAAUAUACACCACUUAUGAACAAUUCACGCCCUUAUUGGCAAGUCGCACAGAUAAAAGAACAUACGGUAGGUUUAUUGAAAUCAUGUUGGUAGUACAGAAUAAUUUACAUCAUUACGAUAAUUGUGAGACUUUAUUUUCAGAAUAUAUUAAAUAUUGCAAAGUGAACCCUCAAAUGAUUUUAUUAGGACUGAAAUCUUUCAUAAGAAAUAAUAAUAGUCAAUUGGCCGUAGAAUUUUACACGCAAGCAAUUACCAACCCUGAUACUUUCCCAAUUACUGAAAAACAACUUUUUGAGUUUCUCCGAUGUAUGGAAAGGUACUUAGAUAUAUCUAAUAUGAAACAUGUUUUUUAUCUAUGGGUAAAAGUGAAAUGUGAUGGUGAGCAUUCUUCGUCGACUAAUCUUCCCUCAUUCAGAACACUUGCUUUAGUACACAGAAUGUUUCUACGUUGUCCUAAUACAGAUGAGUUGAAAGAUUUUCUGACCAACCCCGUGGUUUUGAGUACCGGAUACACUUCUAGUGUGCAUUUCGAUUUAGUUGAAUUUUGUCACUCUCUGUAUUCGGUCAAAGGAAAUAAACUAAAAAGCAUUGAUAACUCGACGAUGGUAGAAAGAAUUAAUAAGUUUAUCACCAGACUUAAUCAUGAUAGUUCAACAAGAAGAGAGCUCUAUUUGUCAGUAGUACAAGCUUACGUCUCAACUAACAAUUUCGAGAACUUAAAGAUGAUUUUGGAAGUAAUACAAGAUGAUAAAGAUGUUGGUAUAGAUGGUUCUUUUCACCUAAGUAUUUCGAGGUAUUUUGUCAAUACCAAUCAAUUCGAAGCACUUUUAAAAUAUUACUACAGCAUCAUUAAAACCGCAGAUGGUAAAACUCGAUUGAGGCCCGCAUUUGUUCAACAGUUAUGGUCAUGUGCUGUAAAUGUUUAUCCAAUGCUAACAAAAGAAAUUACAAAUGACAUACUAGUGACACUAACAAGAAAUCAGUACAGCAAAAAUCUUACGUGGGUAGAUACUUUUUUGCAAGAUACUGCUCAUAUGCAUACAAAAAAGAUUAGUGGUGGAGAGGAGUUUUCGUUAUCUGAAUUCAAUGCGGUUGAUUUUGAAAGGUUUGAAGAGUUUAAAAGAAAAGUUUCCCACAAUGAUGUAUAUGGAGCAGAAUUGGUAAUCUCGAACAGUUUGAAGGAGGGCAUUGCGCCCCAAUUUUGUUUUUUAUACUCUGUUUUGACAUUGUGUUUGAGCAAGUCUUUAACUAGUUUGGCACACGUGGUCGAUAGAAUGUUAAGAACGAGGUUCUGCUAUAUUCCAUUAAAGGUUGAUAUAUUAUGGUUAAAAUGGGAUGUCAUUUCUAGUUAUAGAUCUUCCGAAAAAUUGUCUAUCAAGCGCCUGAAAGAACUGGAAUUCAAACUAAAGGAAUUUGAGCGCCUUCACCAAAGGGAACUAUCAGUGCAGAACUACUUACAGCUCACGCAAAUAUGCUUUCAUACCCGCGAUUUCAAAUAUGCCUGUUAUUUAAUCUCAAAAGCUAGAAAAAUUCUAGAUACAUCUAAUAACAGACAGUGGAUGAUGUAUUAUAUGACAUCCUUGAAGUUAGCUGCAAGGAUGCAUGAAAGCGAACGGUUUGUUAGGGUUUUAAAAGACUGGAAUUGUAACCAUAGGGCAAGUUUAGUUACGCCAGGUUGCAUUCGACAAAUCAAAGGAUUUAUAAAAUAUUUUCAGAAAAAAUCGGCUUUCACUUCAACUACCGCAUCAGUUAAUAAUAAGGAUGUGAAAGAUCGCAUUGAUGAAUUAGUAGUGCGAUAUGUAGAUUAUAAAUUCCAGGGACUUGAAAAUAUGAGAAAAUUAACAAGUUUUUUAAAAGAAUGGUUUGACGAAGAUAUUUCACUAAUCAAGCAGGAACAAAAUGAAAGGAAAAUGAAGCUUUUCAAAGAAAAUAACAUGGGGGAGAUAUGA